AUGCGGGUCUCGUACUUCACGGCAACGUUAGUUUGCUGUGCGGCGGUGGUUCCGCUGAUUCAAAGCCGGGAAUUCACGGAAGAAUGCGUCGAAAGGGUGAGAAUCUCAUUGGCUCAUCCAUCCCAAUAACCUUUUUCGACAGGCCCACCACUCUUCUUGUAGCGUCUUCAACUCCUGCUGCGAUUUCCGGUGUGGCAGAGCCCGAUUGAAACGUUCGACGUGCACUUUGAACGCCACUGGCAUCAAUACGAGACAGACUGAAUGUUUUUGGUGAGUCAACAGAUCCUUUCUUCCAUCAGCAAACCUUUAUUACAGCACUAAUCCAUUCACUCCGGAGGCACAUCCUCAAAAACGCAACAAAUUGUCGCGACUCGACCUCAUCGCUGGAAUUUUAUUCCUUUUUGUUGUAGACAUGUUGAUAUUGAGUUUCACUUUCUAG